ACCGGGCUCUGGUCCGUCUCCUACGGGUCGGUGGUGCUGGUGGCGGUGUUCGGGAACCUGGUGGUGAUGUGGAUCAUUCUGGCGCACAAGAGGAUGCGGACGGUCACCAACUAUUUCCUGCUGAACCUGGCGUUCUCCGACGCCUCCGUGGCCGCCUUCAACACUUUGGUCAACUUCAUCUACGGGGUCCACGGCGACUGGUACUUCGGCAAAAGCUACUGCCGCUUCCACAACUUCUUUCCCAUCACCGCUGUUUUCGUCAGUAUCUACUCGAUGGCGGCGAUCGCGCUGGACAGGUACAUGGCUAUUAUACAUCCUCUGCAACCAAGAAUUUCAGCCAUGGCGACUAAAGUAAUCAUUGCAAGCAUCUGGCUUCUGGCAUUUGUUCUUGCCUUCCCGCAGUGUUUUUACUCAGAUAUCCGGCAGUUUUCAAAACGUAAUGUCUGCUUUGUGGACUGGCCAAGAGGCCCACAUCAACAAAAAUUUAUAUAUCAGAUUGUUGUCUUUGUUCUGGUCUACUUUCUGCCAUUGGUUGUGAUGGCUAUUACUUACACCAUUGUUGGAAUCACUUUGUGGGGCGGACAAAUUCCUGGUAACACUUCAAAUAAUUACCAUGAACAACUAAGAGCCAAGCGAAAGGUUGUUAAAAUGAUGAUUGUGGUUGUGCUGGCGUUCACCAUUUGCUGGUUGCCCUACCACAUCUACUUUUUUGUGGUUAUCCGGUAUCCAACCAUCAACCGCUGGAAGCCCAUUCAGCAGGUUUACUUAGCUGUGUUUUUACUGGCAAUGAGCUCUGCCAUGCAUAACCCCAUUAUAUAUUGCUGCCUGAACAGCCGCUUUAGGGCAGGGUUUAAGCGAGCUUUCCAGUGGUGUCCCUUCAUUGAAGUUUCCAACUAUGAUGAACUAGAAUUGCGUUCAACUAACUUUCACCCCACUAGAGAAAACAGCACCUUCACCAUCUCUCGGCUAGAGUCCAGCAUGACAGUGGAGUUUGAGACAGCUGAAAACGACAGCCAGGAGGUCUGCAGGAAAAAGAGUUCAGCUUUGCAGGAUAUGAUUUUCAACGGAUACUCUCCGAGUAAUUCUAAAAACAUUUCAAGAACCUCGAGCUUGUUUACCACUAUAAAUACAUCUGUAGAUGAGUACUCCUAG